AUGACACAGACGACGAUCCAAGUCAACGAAAGCGUGGCGACUAACGACAGUAACUCGGAAUGCAAGGUGAAAAUCAUUCCAAGGGCAGCAUACUACUUACAAAGUAAAAGGAAUAUUCGAAUUCUUCGGCUGUUGGUUUACCAAAACGCUGUGAUUCGUCCGUUGACGGUUUACAUGGCCAGCGUGAUCCUCCUUGACAAAUGGGACGAGUACAAGUCGGACGACUUUAUCAAAACGCUGUUCAACACGGUGAACGUCGUUUCGAUGACCUUCGCCCUGUACGGAGUACAUGUUCUAACGAGAACCACCUCACCCGUAUUACAGCACCUGAAACUCAUACCACUAAUGCGAUUCGUACAGUUCUUCAUGGUACUCUACGGCGUGCAGGCCCCGAUAUUCUUAUGGGUGACGAGUUGCUGGCAAUGCAACUCGCUACUCCCGAAUCAGUCGGUCACAAAUUCCUGGGCUCUGCGGUCUUCGCAAAACAUGAUGUUCGACGUGCAUCCCUGCCGCCUGCAAAACGGAGACAAACGACGAAGGCCAGUGAUGGAGAAAGUAGAGAACACCAUGACGGAUUCGUUGAUAAUAUGA